AUCGCGAAUACAAAGCCUGGUGAAGGCAUCUUCACAAGGGUAUUUGCAUUAACCAAUUUCUAAUGAUAUGUAUUCAUUUUCUGAUAUGCCCAUUCUACUGCCUUAAGACUGAGUGACUAGCCCAGCACAGCAACCGCUCAAUGGGUGAAAAUCUUGAGAGACUGCUGUUCCUCAUCCGUUUUCCCAGUAAUGGAUCUACACCUAACUUCUGGAUCAAAAACGAUAGGUGCAAAAACCAUCACCGGCCGGGGCACCACCCUGGGCCUUGCACAGCAGCAUGAUGGAGUCGGCGAUGUCAUGGCGAAAAAUCCCGUUUAUCAGGUGUCCUGCUGUGGGCCUGUUUCCUGGACCAGCUGCUGCCACUCUAGGCAGCCCUCUCUCACAGAAUCUUCUUGUAGCCGCCUGCUCUACAUCCUUCUCCAUUUGGGGGCCUCAGCUAUCUGCUGCCUCCUGCUGUCUAGGACAGUGGUAGAAAGGGUCUGGGGCAAAGCACAUGGGAUCCAGAUGCCCUCAGCGCUGUGUGCCCACCUGUUUGGCAACUUGGACUGUCCAGUGCUCAGUGGCUCUGGGGCUGUGUAUCGAGUAUGCGCAGGAACUGCCACUUUCCACCUGCUGCAGGCUGUGCUGCUAGUUCGCCUCCACUCCCCCACCAGCCCACGUGCACAGCUGCAUAACAGCUUCUGGAGCUUCAAGUUGUUGUUCCUGUUAGGUCUCUGGACUGCUGCCUUCUGUAUCCCUGAUGAGCAUCUCUUCCCAGCCUGGCAUUAUAUUGGCAUCUGUGGAGGCUUCACAUUCAUCCUAUUACAGCUGGUGCUUAUCACAGCCUUUGCCCACUCAUGGAACAAGAAUUGGCAGACUGGCGCAGCCCAAGACUGUAGCUGGUUCCUAGCUGUAUUCCUGACUACCCUAGGAUUCUACAGUAUGGCAGGUGUGGGAGCUUUGCUACUGUUCCACCACUAUACACACCCUGAUGGUUGCCUGCUCAACAAGAUGCUACUCAGCCUACACCUUUGCUUCUGUGGCCUCCUUUCUUUCCUCGCCAUCGCACCUUGCAUCCGCCUCACAACGAGGCUUCCUACCUGGCUGAGUUAUUUGGACCCCUGUGGAUCAUCAAGGUUUACAAUCAUGAAUUCCAGAAGCCCUCACUCUGUUUCUGCUGCCCCCAAACAGUGGAACCUGAGGAUGGGCAAAGUAGCAGAGUCAGGCCAGCUGAGCAAGAGACCCCACCAGCCGUUCAGGUGCAAAGCCAGCAUCUUUCCUACAGCUACUCUGCCUUCCACUUCACCUUCUUUCUCGCUUCACUCUAUGUCAUGGUUACCCUUACCAACUGGUUCAGUUAUGAGGGAGCAGAACUGGAGAAGACCUUCACUAAAGGCAGCUGGGCUACCUUCUGGGUCAAAGUUGCCUCAUGCUGGGCCUGUGUACUCCUCUCUAUGGGUUUGCUCCUGGCACCACUGCUGGCUCCCCACUCAGAAUCACCACCCUGGUAUCUUCAGGCAACACUGCCAUCACGUCAGUACUGCCAGGUAAAAA